AAAUACUUAUUGGUUUUUAUUUGCUUAAAAUUAUUAGACACAUUGAAAAUUAAAACUCAAAUUGUGGAAUAUAAUCAUUAAUGCUUUAUCUUUGCUAUUUCUUGUUGGAUGUAAAACACUUAUCGCUUAACAAAUGUCCAUGCAUUUUUAAUUGUGUACAUUCCACUGACAAUAAUUCUAAUUAUGCUGUUUUAUUUUAGCUGCCUUUUAAGGUCAUGAAAUGAGAGGUAUUGUGGGUGGUGUAACGAUGUCAUGACAUUGGGUUAUGUGAACGAGUGUCAUCUGUUUUCAAUUUAUGGACGAGUGCGUGAAUUAUUAGGAUAAAAGUGGAGACAACGAUUUUGAAAGCAGGGUUAAAUAGGCAUCCAGAGAGUUUGUGAGAAAGAGCAAGCAACUCAGAGGGUAAAUUUUUUAGAUAGAUUCGUAUGAGAUGUUUUGACUGAGGAGAAUAAUUAUCUACACAUGGAUUUAUGUCUCAACUAUAAUGUGAACAUGAUUGAAUUUUAGUGCUGUCAAAAUAAAAUGCAAUAGGUGCUAUGAAACUAUAGUUUUGACUGAAUCCAGCUUGUCCGAGAUAUGACCAAGGAGAGCAUUCCAUCGAAAAAGUCGCCAGCACUAUAUAAAAAUUUAGAUAGUGAAAUAUUGGACACUGCUAUUUAAGUUUCCAUUUUACAAUUUUCAUUUGCAAUACAGCUGAGGCAUAAGUAAACGUCACAAUCAUAAAUCAAUGUUACUUUCGCCAAUGCAAUGCUCUGCCACAUUUUCUCAUUUUUACAUUUUUCUAAACUGAUAAAAUCAUUUAUCCUCUAAAACAUAUCAUAUAUUUUACUUUUUAUUUUUUUUUUUUGGUUUAUUUCCAGAUGAGGGUUUGACUGGCGAACAUCUUAAAUAUUUGACUAUCGAUUUGUUGUUGAUGAAAAAUUUGACGUAGUUGAAAAUUUAUUUUUGUUAUUUAUAUUAGUUAUAUAUAAUAAUCUAUAUAUUAAAAAAAAUAAGGUACGACAAUUUAUUAACAUUUAAAGAAUGCAAAAUAAAAAAUAAAAUCUUAAUAAUAAUUUUAAUUUAUAAGUAUAAUCUGGCACAAUUUUAUUGAAACAUUUUAAAUUGAUACAAAUACAAUUUGGGAUAAAAAGUUGUUCAUUAAUAUCUAAAAUCAUUUCAGAUUUCAUGAAAUUUUAGACCUUCAGGAGAAAAUGGACGGCAUGUUGACUAGAAAAGCUGGAGGUAAAUCUGUAAAGGUACAGUUGGCGUAAGAUAUAUUUAAUGCUUUUGAAAAAUCAGUUUUGUAUGAAUUCAGAUGCGAUUAAUAAUUGUAUGUUCUUUAUUAUUUUAAUUGUUACGAAAAGUGUUUUAAAUUGUAUGUUUAAUAAAAUUAUUGUUAGAACCAUAUCUAAUAUUGUUGAAAAUGUUUAUUUUUUAUAUAAAAUGUUCGCUUUCCUGAUUUUCUCCUCUUUUAUGAUUCACUUUUAUUUAGCUAUAAAAUAUUCCAUAAUAUUAUAAUUUCCUUUUUUUAAAGAUCUACAAUGAUCCCAUCCAUGGUCACAUUGAAGUUAAUCCAGUUUGCCAAGCCAUCAUUGACACACCACAGUUUCAGCGUCUACGUUUUCUGAAACAGCUGGGAAUGUGUUACUAUGUCUUUCCUGGAGCAGCCCAUAACAGAUUUGAACAUUCGCUUGGGUGAGAAUAUCUUGUGAAAUUACAAGGAAUUUUUUACUGAAAAAUAUUUAGUGAAAUUUAGUAUUGACGAUCAUUUCAAGCCCCUUUGGUGCGGUAAGUAAAACUUUCUAAAAGAUAACGGAUAUCCCUAUUUUGGUUUUAGAAGAGAUUAUCAGUUGGUAAUGUUAACUACAUGAUAAUCGAAUUGUCUGAAUGCUUCUUUGAAUACUAGCGAGAAACCGGCAUGCAUUGCAAUGCCACUCAAAGAAAAAUGUGUUUGCGUUUUACUUACGUUUUUGAAGUAAUUUUUAAAUAGAAAAUAUGUUUUUCUUUUUUCCAUCUUGAACGAACAGGCAACAUACAGCUGUCCACGUGAAAAGCAAGGAUUUUCAUAAUUAGUCCACAUACUUGUAGCGAUUGAUCUACCCAUGCAGCAGCUCUGUUUAGAAUUAUAUUUACAUUGCUCACAAAAUUGCUCACAAAAUGUUGUUUUUUUUUAAAUGAAGAACCGGGCCCUAAACAUCAAAUUGUAAGAGGGUUGAACCAUUCAAAAACAUUAUUAUUAUCUUACACAAACUGAAAUAUCCCAUGUAUUUUAUUUAAUUCCUUCCACAAAUGAAAUAGCUCUGAGUAAAAUUAUAGGUUUAUUGCUCCUUUAAGAUAAAAAUAAUAAUUUGCUGGCUUGAGAACAAAAAAGUACCUAACUCUUAGCACAAUCGAUAUAAGAAAGCAUACGGAAAUUAUAUUUAGCUCAUGACAGUAUGACAGAAAAAAGAAUUUAGGCCUCAAACCCAAAACAGAAUAUCGUAAAAUGUGUUUAAUUAUUCAGUAAAAUUUACGGGCGUUUGCACAGCAACUCACAAAAGUUUUAUCGCAAUCUGAUCAAUGGUACCACCAAUCCCACAAUCCAUUCGUCUGUAUUUCGAUCCCUCCCUCCCUCUCUCCUUCCCUCCAAUCGUCCAUCACUCCAAAGAUCCAUCCCUCCCUUCCUCAAUCCCUCCCUCCCUCCAUCCAUCCAUCCAUCUAUAUAUCUAUCUAUCUAUCUAUCGAUCUAUCUAUCUAUCUAUCUAUCUAUCUAUCUAUCUAUCUAUCUAUCUAUCUAUCUAUCUAUCUAUCUAUCUAUCUAUCUAUCUAUCUAUCUAUCUAUCUAUCUAUCUAUCUAUCUAUCUAUCUAUCUAUCUAUCUAUCUAUCUCUCUAUCUCUCUAUCUCUCUAUCUCUCUAUCUCUCUAUCUAUCUAUCUAUCUAUCUAUCUAUCUAUAUAUCUAUCUAUCUAUCUAUCUAUCUAUCAAUUUGUCUAUUUACCUAUCUAUCUAUAUGUCUAUUGAUAUAUCUAUUUAUAUAUGUUUCUAUUUAUCUGUCUAUCUGUCUAUUCAUCUAUUAUCUCAGAAAGUCUUAACUCAAUUCUAUUUUGAAAAUUGAAUUUUGCUUGUUAAUUUGUGAAAUUAGAAAAUAUCGCGUCUAAUUUAACAACUGUAACAACAUUGAAUUUAAAGAAAUUAUCAUCCACGUAAAAUUAUACAAACCUAUUUCCUAACCCAUCAUAUAUAUGUACCUAAAAAUGUUAAUUAUUUUUCAAAAUUCAUUGUUAGGCGUUUCGUAUGCAGUCUUCGGCAAAUGAAAGUAUCGUAUUACUCACCCUCCUCCCAGCAGAGUUUUAAAGAAAUUAAUAAAAUUAUCAACUGGAUUUUGACGCCCUUACCUACGAAAAAAGAAAAUUGUGCAAUUCACUUACUUUAUUCUCAUUUGGUUGAGUGAUAAUUACAUUAGCGAAUGCUAUUUCGAUAUGUAGUUUCGCUGCACUGAUUUUAUUAAAUGGAAUUUACGUAUUAAAGGUAUAUUUAAAGGCUACGUUUUUCACAAAUAUAUAAUUUUCAUUAAAGUAUUUAAUUUUAAAAGAAUAAAAGUAAAAACUUAUUAAAUGUUAAAAAUUCAAAGCUAAAGUUAUAUUUAAUCUUAUAAAAUUUUUAGCAAUUUCAAAAGCAAUUUAUUAUGUUUUAAUUUUACUUUUAAGAAGGGAAAAAAAACAGUAUCAGUUUUGACACGCACGAUUAUAAAAUAUUUAAAAAAACUUAGAGCUGUGGCUAAAAUAGGCAAUCACGCUAUGAGGUCAUUUGCGUAAUUAUUUAGAUCAAAUUAAUUAUAUUUUUUAUUUCGCCAUAUUAACAACGCACUGAAAUACGCACUAAGAAAAAACAGAUUAUUGGGUUUUCCCGAUAAAUGUGAUUAAGAUGCAAUUCUUAGAUCAUACUAUUUGGAUUUUUUUUUUUUUAUAUAACUUUUAAAUUCGGAUAAAAUGCUUAAAAUAAUUCCUUUGUUGUUGCUUAAAUAUAUUUUGUAAUUUAUAAAAAUAAUACUUAAAUUUGUCGCUAAAAUUAUAGUGAAAAUUUAAUAUUUUUUUGCGCAUGCAAAUUUGUUUGAUUUCCGUAAAAUAAUAGAAAAAAUAACUAUAAUUAAUUUUGAGAAUCCGAACUUAUCAAAAUAUAUUCGGAUUUUUAGCGUCAUGUGACUCUAGCUAAUUCUUAUAUAUAUAUAUAUAUUUAUGUAUAUAAGAUCAUAUAUUAUAUCAUAUAUAAAUAUACUAGCCAAUAUACCCGGCUUGCAUGGGAUUACGUUAGGACCCCGUUUAUGGUAAGACGCCAAUCCCAAUGAGACCCCAAUCUCAUUUUGACCCUGAUGCCGGCGCAAUUUCUUUUCCCGGUGUGAUUCCGUUACCGGUAAGAUCCCGUUUUCUUGUUGCUCCGCAUCCAGGUCCCGAUGAAAACCCCACCCCGUCAGUGUCUUGAUCCAAGUGGUAUCCCGAUGGAUUACUGAUCCCGUUAGAAUACUGUUCUCUAUGGGAUCCCAUUCCAUUUCGGGACUCUCUUUUCCGAUGUCAUCCCUUUUCCCGAAAGAAUCCCGAUCCUGGUUUGAUCGCGUUUCCUAAAGUGAUCGUGUAACCGAUGGGAUCCAGUUUACUUAUGGAUCUCGUUCCCCAUUAGGAUCCUGUUACUCUAUGGAAUCAUGCUCAAAGCUAAUUUGUUCAAAUAAGCUUUUAGAUAGCAUUAUAUAUCUCAAUAGAACAUUAAAUAGCCUUCUGGAAGAUUCCAGAUUAAAUUAAUACCCUCCAUUAAAAACGGGUAAAAAUUACUUAUCUGCGUAAUUAUUUCUGGAAUAUGAAAUAUUAUACAACUCAAUUGAACUGCUAUAACUAUAAUAAAUUAAAAUUGAAAUAGGGGCCCCAGUGGGGGCCUAUUUAAUAAAAUAUCGUUUUAAUUAUAUCUGAGAAGUGUGGGGCGCUAUUAACAUCAUUGAGAUAAAUUAUAGAGAUACAAUUUAAAGGCUGUCUCAUUAAAAUCGGUUUAAAAGUGCCAAAGAUAUCGCUUUUUUCAAUUAUCGAACGGUCUAGGAAAUACUUGAUCGGCCUGCAGGGAUUGGAUACUCUUAGUUUUAAGCUCACCAAUUUUUCAAGAAGAUCGAUGAAGUGUAUGGAUACCAAGCUUGGCGUAUAUCCAUAACUCACAUAGAAUCUACAGUUUUCAAUAAUAGGGCUAUUGAUAUUUAUAUAGCUUUAAAAAAUGAAAUGGGGCCCCUGGCCCAAUGAAGAAUGGAUAGUAUGGGAUCAUUACCCUUCGUUAUUUGAAUAUGGAUAAUCAAGUAUGUGUAGUAAGUGUUGUCAAGAGCUAUCUAUUUAUGUAGAAGUAUUAAUCCUACUAAUAUGUAUAAGGCUUAUAGUAGAAAUAACUUCCGGUUAGAUGGGAUUCGUGUACAUGUUUUUUUUUUUCAUGAAGAAUAUUUCUUUGACUAUGACAUUAUUAGCCAAGUAAAUCCUCAACAAACUGUGAUUUAUCAACUGAAAUGUCACAUUGCUGGUCAAGGGAUGACCCAAAAGUCACUGUCUUCAAUAUGCUUAGCUAUUUAUGUGAUUUCGGGGCUUGUACUGCAUUGUUGAUAUUCGGCGCCAUGUUUGUUACAUUUUCCUGUCUUACUUGAAGCGUAGCAAAACUCUAUUCCUGUGUGUGCUCUUAGACUGAAACACACGGAGUGACUUUUCGUAUGCACAAUAACAAUAUUACACUAUAUAUAUAGCUUCGGGUAGAUGCGACUCGUAAACCAUGGCCGGUAGCUCAUAUAGGAGAGGGAAACUCUGACUCCAAACCUCCGCUGCCUUGCGGCUAUACCCACACGGGAAAGGCUAAGGGAGUAAACCCCGACAGAAAAUCAGGAUGCGGUGCUCCUAAGGCGUCUGUUUUUUAAAUCAAUUGCAUUCCGGCAGCUCCUGCGACGCCAAUGGUGCCCAGCCGUAUCGACACUAGUUGAUCACUUGGGUCCACAGUAUAUAGAAUUGCUGUAUUUUAAAAAAAAAAUUGGUAACAUUAUUAUUACUAAACAUUAAAUAUCUUAUUUGGAAUGUUUUCGAGAUCCGAUUAGGUUAAAUUAAAAAAAAAAUGGUACAAUUUAAAUGCUCCGAUCGGUGAUGUGUGUCUUUGAUGACAAGCUAAACAAUGCUUAAAUUCCAGGAAAAUGGAAAAUUGACUAUUUAAAAGUUGAUACCGAUUGAAUGUGGAUAGUAAACAGGCAUGUUUAGAUCCAAGUAAGUUCGGUUGGCUAAAAAAAAGUGCUUAAGUCCUUUAUAUCAAUGUUCAAAAUAAAACUCCAAAAAAAUGGGGUAGGGAAUGUUCACCUUUUUCGUAAAGUGUGUGAGGGACUCUUAAAUAAAGUGGUUAAGUUAUUUUUCGCGGUGCGCAGACCGUGUGCGAAAGUGAGUUUUCAAUUAUAUAACUCGUGCGGUUUAUCUUUCGGUUGAAAGUCUCGUUAAAUGUUUGGUUUCGUCUCCGUUUCAUUUUGGUAGGAAAAUUAUAUAUUUUUUUUCUUCCGGUCUGUUUUCUGUCUGUCUCUAAACAAUUCAAAAUCGAAGAGAAUUAAUAAGUGUGAAAUACUUGAGAAAUCACUUAGCAGACCUCGAAAACCAAGAUGCACACGUGGAAAUCAAGUAUUACCAGUAAAAGAUAGUCUCCAUGAUAAUGAAAGAAUUCAUUCGAUAAAUUUAGAAGAAUGCAUACAAAUGAACGAGCAAAAAGUCAUAACGAGUGUAAAUUCCCACAAACUUAAAAUGGAAAAUUCAAUUUGUUUAUUUACUUCUUUACGUUUUAUAUUUUAAAUGCAGAGUUUACCAUCUGGCUGGAACUUUUGCACGGAUUCUCCAGCAGAAUCAGCCAGAAUUAUGCAUCACUGAAAUUGACAUCUUAUGCGUUGAGAUUGCGGGCCUAUGUCAUGACCUUGGUAAGAUAGAUAAACUCUAAAGUACAGUUGCUAUUUCCUGUUUUCCUCCCAAGUGCUUCCUAAACAAAUAUUUUUAAUCGAUGAACAGGCUCAUACAUUUUCCUAACUUAUUAAGAGUAAAAAUCGUCAAAAUAGAUUUUAUAAGUCUUUUGGAACUAUUAUUGGUAUGGAAUAGAGAAACUUAUCUGGUUACUACAUUAAUAAAAGCAUCGUGAAGAGAAAGCUGCGAUACAGUUUAGCAAAAACAAAUAAUAUACACACCGUAGGGAUUAAGCAGAAAAGACACAAGAAUACUGAAAUAUUUCGUAAUAAAACAAUAUUUACUCAAAAAAUUAGCAGAUUUUUUUUUUUUUUAAGUUUUAAAAGGAACUGAUGUUAAAGAUAAAAAAUCAACGUAAAAUCUGUUUGAAAAUCACAAACAGUUAAUGAACUAUGUUUGUUUUGGAAAUACAAGAAAGCUAUAUAUUUUUUUUAAUUUUAAGAAGAUGGCUGACACGCUUAUUUACGAAUGCUGAAAUUAUUCAAAAAAACAAAUUCAAUGUGCGAAGCUAGGGUAAGAAUGCGGCAGUUAACCCAAACUGUAAAAUUCCGAGAUGCAGCCCUGAAGUCGAUCUUACGAUAAUAACAAUGUUAUUUCGUCAACUCCUUUGAUGCAGUCAGUGCAAAGCUGUAUUGUCAAUUGUCAUCCCCUUUGAUCCACUGAUUGUGUGGAGAGAGGGAGAUCUGCUGCAUUGGGCGACAUCUGGUCUCCAUAAAUCAUCGCCCUGGCUAUGUAGCUGUACUGGUGACGUUAUUUUACGAGAGGAAAGGUUUUUUGCCUAGUGAGCAAUUCGUCAAAGUGUAGGACUACAUUGGUACUCCAUCGUCUCGCGAAGACGAAAGAUUGCCAUAUUAUUUUUUUUUUUUUAAAUUUUAAAUUUUUAUAUAUAAGAAUAGUGGUGGAAAAUGUAUUUUAACACUACUGCUUGGUUCCAAUCCCCUGUAUUUAAAUUCCUCCAGCUGCUAUUGCAUUUUAUGAAAAUCCCUAACAAGUACCCGGCAUGUUUUGAAAUGCAACUCAAAGAAAGUGUUUGUGUUUUAAUUAUGUUUCCAGAUGAUGCCAGUGGCAAUGCAACAUUUUUUCGUGAUCUUAUCGUUGCCAAAAUAAGUAAACUUGGAAAAAGUUGUGCCUGUGCAAUUUUAUGUUAGAAAUAUAAUCCAUCGCUUUUUGCUUAUAAUUGCCUGCAUUUAUCACUCAUGCAAUAUGCAUGAAUCUGGUAUAAAAUUCAGAAGAUAUGUUUGAAUAAAUGAACCCUAUUUGUCAAUGGCUAAAAACUUAAAAUGGUAUCCAAAAGUCGCUCAAAUGGGACAGGUGGACGUACAAGAUGUAUCGGAGAUUCCACAUACCUUUAAAGCGAACAAUUUCUUCUUGUGGGUGUAUUUAAUUUUGUUUCUUUCUCUUAUUUAUAUAUGCAAUUGGUGCAAUUAUUAUUUCAUAUAAUAUAAUUUAAGGUGUUUAAAAAUUCGUAGUAAGAGGACGAGUGCUUUGGCAGCCAAUUUGCCUAAAUGAACAGAAGUAUAUAAAUGCAAAUAUUUUUUGGCAAAUAUAUGUAAUAAUUUUUGCGAUUAAAUGUUCAUAUUUUUAUUAUAGAUGCGUAUGCUCUUAAAAAAAAGGAAAUACGCAUCAGUUUGUUUGAAAGAGUGAUAAUCUUUUAGAUAUGUAUGUUUUAUAAAACAUUAUUGAGGUUAUUAGUAAAACACCUUGUUUCGUAUAUUCCAUUUUUAGGACAUGGCCCAUUUUCACAUGUUUUUGAUGAUAAAUUUCUUACAAAAAUCAAUCCAAAAAAUAAAAUUAAGGUAAAGAAUUAUAUCAAUUUUUAACUAAACAUAAUAAUUGUUGUUUAAUGAUUUUUACAUUAACUUAUUUUUAUCAAGAAAACAAUCUAAUUUAAGUUUCUUUAAAUAGCUAAAUUUAGCAUCGAGUAACAAAUCCAAAUAAUCCAUUUAUUUUUUUUUGCUACUCUUUCAGCAUGAAAAGGCUGCUGUCACAAUGUUUGAAGAGCUGAUUAUAGCAAACUCUUUAAAAAACAAAUUUAUUGAGUUUGGUCUCAAAGAUGAUGACAUCAUUUUCAUAAAAGAACAGAUUGGAGGUCCCUUGAAGACCACAGGCAAAGCAGUGUGUCAAUCAUUUCGUAUUUUCAAUUAACACUUUAAAAUAUUAUUUUUUCUAUUUUGUUAGUUAAUAUUUUAUCAACGUGUGAAUUCAAGGCAUUAGAAAGUAAUUUAAAAAAUGAAAUUUGAGAAAAUAUUUUAAGAUUUUAAAUAUUUAAAACACUUCCCUAAUUUUAAAUGUGUUUAACCCUUUGGCUGGAAAAAAAGCAAUAUUUAUAAAUAACGGAAACAUGUAAAGAUAAAAGAAAAAAAAAUAAACAUAUGAUUUUAUAACAAAAUAAUAUUGUAAGAUCAUUUAUAUUUUUUAACAUAUUACUAUAAAUAUGAAUAUGUUCACUAACUUUACUAACAUUUUAUUUAAAUAUGAUUUUUUAAAAAAAAAAGGAUUAUAAUUCAUUGACAUUUGACAGGACUGGCCAUAUAAAGGACGGAAGGAAGAUAAAGCAUUUCUUUAUGAGGUAAGAGUUUUUUGGUUACACAUUUAUUCGUAUUUUCCUGAAUUUUGUAAGUGUACAUCAUUACAUGUAAGCAAGUUUUAUUUAUCUUUACAAGUUUUUUUUUCAUUUCUCAAAAAAAAAUUAAUGCGUUCCUCCUUGUGAAUUGUUACAGUAAUAAGAAAUAAUGAACAUGAUAAUAGUAAUAGCUAACUGGAAUCUAGAAACAUUGUGUGCGUGCGCAUAACAUUUCGCCAAAGUGUUAUUGCAAUCUGACAAAUUGUGUCGGAACGAAUACGAAAAUAAUUUAUUUUUUUUAAAAAUCAAAUAAAAUAAUUUAGGGCUGCGGUCUUAAAAAAGAAUACCGUAAAAUGAUUGUACUAUUUCAAAAACCUUUGACGUCGUGUUAAAAAAAAAACCAACAAUGUUUAUCUUAGAUAAUGUAAGGGUACAUAAGGGUUCAUACUUGACAUAUAUAUAUAUUAUAUACAUAUAUACUAGCCAAUAUACCCGGCACGGAAAUGAAUUAGGACCCCGAUCCUGAUGUGACCCCGAUCCCAUUGGAGCCCUAAUCCUAUUCUGACACUGAACCCGGUGAAGUCCCGUUUCCGAAUGGUAUCACGAUCCCAGUGGAUCCAUUCAAGAUUGAGAUCCCGUUCCCAAAGGAAUCACAUUUUUUUGUGGGAUCCUGAUCCAGUUUGGAUAAAGAUUAUGGUGGGAUCCCGAACCCUUUGUGAUCCGUAUAAAAAAAAAAUUACUCAGAUUUAUCGAGAGAUCCGUGAACUCCGGGGCUUUAUAGAUAUGAAUAGAACUAACAUUUCAUUAAUCCCAUAGAUCCCACUUUAUGUAGGCCUAUUCCUUUGAAACAGUAUUAGAACUUUCUGGAACAUUCUAGGUUAAAUUUAAUAACCUGCUGAAAACAUGUGUAAAAACUACUUUUCUAAAUAUUUUUUUUCAAUACGAUAAAAAUCCUUAACAAAUUACAUAAUUAUAAUUUUUUUUCUUUGAAGUUAAUCAAGGAGCCCCUCGGCCCCAUUCCAUGACUGUAUUGAUUUAGUUAUGACUGACAAAUAAUAAAGUUAAGAUUAUAAAUUUUUACCAUUAAAAUCAGUUCAAAACUGCCAUGGAUAUAGCUUUUAAAAAAUUAUGGAAAUUUCUGGAAAAUUCUAGAUUGGAUAUUCUUAGUUUUAAAUACACCGAUAUUUCACUACUGACAAUGAAGGGCCUGGCUACAAGGCUAGGCAUAUAUCCAUCAAUUCAUAUAGUCAUAUAGAACAUAAUGUGUUGUUUAAGCCUUUUGAUAUUUAUAAAGCUUAAAUAAGGAAAAAUAAAAUGGAGCCCCCAUCCCCAGAAGAAUUGACAUUAUGAGUUCAGUACCCUUAAGUAUUUCAAUAUGGAUAAUCAAGUAUAUGUGUAUUAAGUUUGGUCGAGAUCCAUCCAUUCCUGUAGGAGUAUUUGUUGUUAAUUGUAUUUAUAUAUAGCAUAUUAGAUUUUAAAAAAAAAACGAAUUCGGGGCCCCCGGCCCCAAAGGAAAUGUUAUAAAAUGUUCAUAACCCCUUAACAGUUCCUUCUCGAUUAUUAUGGAUAAAUGUGCCAAGUUUGGUCAAGAUCCAUCAGUCCAUGUAAAAGCCUUGUGGAACAAACCCACAAACAAACCCACAAACAUUCACUUAUAUAUAUAUAUAUAUAAUGUCUCUAUGCAUUUAUGUAUGUCUCUUUAUGAUAAUAUAACACCAUUUGUAGUGUGUCUGUCAUCGGCGUAGUUACUUUUUAUUAAGUUUUGUUUGUUUAGAGAAUAAUUGUGUUUCUGUAUUCCACGCAUGGACUAGUGCAAUGAUCUCAUGAUGGGUCUUCCUACUACGCUCCUACAUAAAAUUCAAAAAGAACAAAAUAAUGCGGCUCACAUUGUUCUUUUCGCAAACUCAAAUUCGACCAUGCUAAAAUACAUCUGAGAGAAUUGCAAUGGCUACCGGUCCGCGCUCGCAUAGAGUACAAACAAGCCACUCUGUGCUACCGCUGCAUGCAUGAUAUGGCACCGUCCUAUCUCAAAACGCUCGUGAUGCCUUAAGUACCCACUAGACAACUCCGCUCAACCGAUAGCGGCAAACUCUCGAUACCACGUGUUCGCAUCUAGACUUACGGAGGCGCACGUUCGCAUUUCCUUGCCCAAAAAUUUAGAAACACACUUCAUGUGGCUUUCACAACAAUUUUGACUCUGCUCUCAGAAAAAGCAAAACACUGGAGAUUUUUAAAAUCGAUUUUAAACAUAUCUGUUUCGCAAACACCUGCUGGGUUGACUUUGUACCGCGCUUUGAGUCUUUGGGGUUGAAGCGGAAUUUUCAAAUAAACUUUUUUAUUAUCAUUAUUAUUUUUAUUAUUAUUAUUAUAUUGUAUUGGCGACGUAUUUGGAUAUAAAAUGCUCAAUUAAAAAAAAACGCAAUUGUAUUGUCGAAUCGGGAAAACCGAACGUAAAUUAAUUUUAGGAUGAUAUUUUUGAGAGAAUGACGAAAUAAUGUGCCACGAAGCAGAAUUAACGCUCCUUAUUACAGAGAAAAAAUACUGCAUUUUUCACAGUGCAGAUCGUGCAUUCGAAAGUGCAAUCUUACUAAAUGUGUACAUUGUUUGUAGAAUCUAUGACCCAAUGUGAUACUCGUUGCUUUUUUUGCAUAUAGGGAUUAUGAGUGGAUCUUACCUCUCAUAAAAAUAUGUUGGUUAAGUAAAGGUGUCCAGGCUUAAAUGAUUUUCAUCCCAUUUUGUCAUUUGUAAUGGAAACUUAAACAGUUCCUAAAAUAACUCAUCAAUUUAUAAUUGAUCAUUGUGAAAUUGUUUUCAAAACAAAUAACUCAAUAAGAGAUAAAGACUAUGUUGUCAUUUACAGAUUCUUGACAAAUAACAUUUUUAGAACGUUAAAUAAAAUUGUGUUGCCUGCAACUUUCAUAGCGACUAAGACAUAUGCUCAAAAUCCCCAAAAUGCUAUGACCAUGGUAAGGAAAAACGGCAAACCAGAUUUAUUUGUAACAUUCACGUGCAAUCCGAAAUAGAGGAAAAAUCAGUAUAAAUGUCAUCACCGGAAAGCAACUUUGCUACAAGACUGAUUUAGUAGCAACAGUCUUUGAGUUGAAACCGUAAAUUUUCUGAAGACUUUAUCAAAUACUGAAGGUUUGGAAGUGUUAAGGAUAUGCUGCUUAACAUGAUCGAGCUCAAAACAGGUCCAACACUGGAUCAUAUAGCUAUUCAUGACCCAGAAAGACAAAGACUGAAAGAAAUAAUUAAUUGAGAAAUGCAGUUUUGCAGAGCUCCCUGAUAAACCUAACCACCAGAAGCUACAACAAAUUGUAAUAUCAUGCAUGAUGCACAGUUAAUGUGAUGAAUUCAGUCAAAAAGCACCGUGUAUGGAAAGCGAUUAAUUCAAACAAUGUUAAUAAGAUAUGUUUUUUAAGGCAAAGAGUAAUGUUAUUGGUUACCCAAAAUAUAAAUAAUGAGAUGCGUUAAUUGCCUCUACAAAUACGUUUACAAUAGCAUGACUGUGCAGAUAUUCAAUUCGUUAAUGUUCCCACAAAACUGUAGCUACUUUUAGAUAAGCCAUAGAAAGAUGUUACUUGAACCGAUAUGUAAGUUCACCUAAAACAUGCUUGAGGCUUUUGGAUACAAAAUGCACCAACACACCAUUGAUAUUAUAAUAUUACAUGUUCAUCCUGUGGAAAAUAUUACACUAUAUUGUGUACUAGGCACAGAAGCCACCGCUAUACAGCAAAAAAUGACCAAAGUCUAAAAAUGUGUCUUUUUGAAUUUAAACAAAUAAAUCUUCUGCCCAAAAGUAUGUAUAUAUUGAGAAUGGCGAACACUAUACCGGUGAAGACAAAUAUUUAAAUGGAAAUACAAACUUAGAAGACAUAAACUGCAAUCGACAAUUUUUUGCUACGAAUUAUCAUUUCAGUAUUAUUAUUAUACGUUGUUUUAUAUUGCGUGGUACCCCAGCCUAAGGCUCGGCCCACCACGCAUUACCUACACUUUAACAAACAUAAUAAACCAUACAAAUUUUUAAAAAAUACAUGCUUUAAUUAAAUAAAACAAAAAAAAAAUGGAUGUUUCAAACUAUUUACAUGUCAAGCCAUUGACGACACCCAGCAGCAUCAUUUUUCGGUAAGAUAUGGGAAUCUAAGUGUUAGAGGAGUAGCAUCCUUUAAGAACCCGAAAACGAGAAAAAGGGCCCCUAUCCGUUUUGCAACGCUCCAAUAAGCAUACAUUGCACUGGGAUUAACUGACGACUUCUCAGAAAAGGAUACUGGGCUAACUGAAGCUACAAAUUUAAAUUCAACCAUGUAUGAUGAGUUAUCAAUGAGAUACAGCAGCAUUAUUCGACAUGCAUAAUGCAAUUCUUUUGGAAGACUCUAAGAGACGUUUUCUGUAUUGAGAAAAAAAGCUCACUAUUUUAUACUUUAAAUAAAGUGAAUCUAUUUUUUGAAGAAUUUGAACGUUUUUGGCAGACUUUGGUUUUAAAAUUCCAGACUUUAACUAUGCCUCAUUGAUUAUUGCUGGAAUAUACUAAGAUUCAAACAGUUUAAGAGAAAAUUUAAAAUCUUAAUUUUGGGAAAUGAUGGGAUCGAAAAAAAUUCUGGAAAAGAUUUAAAAGCACAACGUACCCAAAGAUCUAUUAAUUAUUGAUGGUUACGCUAACCACUUAAAGGCGUGAAAUACUUUCAUUAACUAUAAAUCACUACAUGCACAAUAAAACACUCAAUUGAGUGAGCAAAAAUUACUAGAUAAUAUCAGAAGUCAACAAUAAUAUCGUCCUUUUAACAAACAUUGAGUAUGUUUGCUAUGUUUGCCUAGGACCGGAGCUUUUCACGAUGUACAUUCAGCCCCUGGGUGCAGAGAUCAAGCAGUUUGACAUGCAAUACCACAAGUUCGCAGACGACACCCAAAUUCAUCAAUCCGUGAUCCCCUCUCAGUUCCCUCAGUAUGACACAGAGGACAGUAGUUAAGCACUGGAUGACCAUAAACAAGCUCAAAUUCAAUGAUGAUGAGGCUGAGCUGAUCCCCAUUGCUAUCGCUCAGAAGCAAAAAUCUGCAAAAAACACAACAUCACUCACUCUCUGAGGUGUGCGUAUUGAGUGAGCUCAAACAGUGCACUACCUUUGUGUCCGCCUAGAUAGAACACUAACUUUGGAAAGUCACAUUAACAUGUUAUGCAAAGUGAUUUUUCUAGAACCGUGCAGGAUUAGUCACAUUAGACCCUUCUUAACAAUUGAUGAAACAAAGAGGCUGAUGACUGCAUUUGUGCUAUCACGCAUGGACUAUUGCAAUGCUCUCCAGGUGGGUUUUCGAGCGACACUCCUGGAUAAAAUUCAAAUAGCACAGAAUAAUGCGGCUCGCAUUGUUCUCCGCAAACGCAAGUUGGACCAUGCAAAAACACUUCUGAGAGAGUUGGACUGGCUGCCGGUGCGUGCUCGCAUAGAGUACACAAUCGCAACUUUGUGCUACCGCUGUUUACAUAGCUUGGCACCGUCCUAUCUCAAAUAGCUGCUGACGCCUUAUGUACCCACUAGAGAGCUCCGCUCAUCCGAUAUUGGCAAACUCUCCACACCACGUGUUUGCCUUGAGAUUUACGGAAAGCGCACUUUCGCAUUAGCCGGUCAAACAAUUUGGAACGCCCUUUCUGUCGCGCUCAGAAACAACCAGACACUGAGAGUCCUUCAAAACCGAUUUAAAGACACAUCUAUUUCGCUUACACCUUCUUAGAUGAUGUUGUCUACCACAUUUUUCAGUUAAUGCAAAUUAGUUUUUUGUAGUGUUGAGUUUGUCUUAAAUGUGGUAAAUUAUAGCUGUGGUUGACUUUGUACCGCACUUCGAGCCUUUGGAGAUGAAGCGUGUCUUUCAAAUGAAAUGUAUUAUUAUUAUUAUUUAUAUCCAAACAGAGGUUUAUAUGGAUUGUAGUGGAUAUACGAAAUUAUAACCUCAAAUUAAAGUGUUGCUUCUGAAACAUCGCCCACUUUAUUCUCGUUUUUAGAUUGUGUGCAAUCAACGUAAUGGAAUAGAUGUAAACAAAUGGGAUUAUUUGGCAAGAGAUUGUCACCAUCUUGGCUUUCACAACAAUUUUGACUACGCCCGAUAUAUGAUGUUUGCUCGCGUAAUCGAAGAAGAUGGUGAACUGCAGAUCUGCAUACGUGAUAAAGUAACAUUAUACAUAUAUAUUUAUAUAUAUAAUAUAUAUAUAUAUAGAUAAAUAUAUAUAUAUUUAUACACACACAAACACAAAAACAAACACACACAGAUAUAUAUAUAUAUAUAUAUAUAUAUAUAUAUAUAUAUAUAUAUAUAUAUAUAUAUAUAUAUAUAUAAGUAUAUAUAUUCGUGUGUGUGAGUGUGUAAGGGUGUAUGCGUGUGUGACUGUGUUUGUGUGUAUAUAAUAUUUUUGUUGAAACUUUCUUUCAGUAUACAUAUUUUUUAAAAAUAAAUGUCUGGUUUUCGCUGAUGGAUAUCAUUUAAAGUAAUAAAAUACCCGUCGGAAAACUAUGUGAUAGGAAUGGUGAAGGGAGUUGCACUGUAAUACCUUGGCAGUUUUGUUAAAAAGUAAUAAAACAUUUCCUUAAGAAAGUUAGAUUUAGAAAAAAUAAAAUAGAUGUAAAAAAUGAUUGAAUAAAAGUACACAAUUAAUUGAAAUGUGACUCCCCAAAUUUUAACUUUAAAUCUUUUUAUCUACUAAGUCUAAGUGUUUUCAACUUGACAGCACUCGUCUUAAAAUGUUUAGCAUAAACUAAGAUUUACGAUUUACGAUAUAGCAUAUUAUUAUUACCCACCCACUUUUAUUCCAUAUACUUAUAUGACCAAUUAUCAAAGACAAUUUGAAAAAAAAAAUAUUUUUCCCAAGGAGAUAGCAAACUUGUAUAACAUGUUCUACACUCGCUACACCCUUGAUAGAUAUGCAUAUCAACACAAAGUUAACUGUGGUCUGGAAAUCAUGUAAGAAUCUGUUUGUUUUCUGAUUAAAAUAAAUUUUAAUUCUACUCAAAUGGCGUUGAAGAUAAAACUAGAAAUACAAGGCUUCACACACUAUUCUGUGGAUAUUUUAUGCCAUAAAAGAAUUCGAUUUCUUUCUCUGGGCUUCUUUGCUUAAAUACAGUAGUUUAUUAACAGCUUCUAAAACAACAAACAGCCUGUUGUUGAGUUAUUAAGUGCUGAUUUCUGGUGUAGAGUGAGAGUGCCAUAGAGGUAUGCCCACAGUUUUUAAAUGUGUAGUGUUUUAAUACUGUAUAUCUUGAACGCACUAUGGACGCCAAAACUCCCCAAAAGGCAAUUCAAUGAUCAAGGAAAUAUUGAUCAUUUGGCAAGCAUUCUUUUUUAAAAUCUGUGAUUAAUUCAUAUUACUCAACAAAUUCCAACAUUUGAUAUAAAAAGACAACCCUAACGUCUGUGACUUUGAUUAGCCGAAAGACAAAACUAACUCACCUAAUAUUUCUACUAUUUUUCUAAUAUUAAAUGAGUAACGAAAGGAAAAAGUCGGCUGAACUCAAAUAAUGUUUCCCACUUUACAUGAAAUAUAAUUUUCAAACUGUAAUAAACUUUUAAAUUUUAAUUCGACAAGAUGAGCAAAUGGCCGAAAAAAUAUUUCUCUUUUAAUUGUACAAAUUAAUUUCAUAGAAAUCAUGAAUUUGUGAUUUACAAUUUAAUUUUCAACAGGGUAAUUGAUGCACUUAUUCUUGCCAAUGAUUAUAUCCAGUUCCAAGGUAAAGGCAUGUAAGUAAUUAUUUAAAAUGUUUAACAUUCCUUUAGUUCAAUAAUCGAUUAAAGAAUCACCAUACGCUCAUAAUGGAAUGUAUCUUAAGCGUUUACUUCAGUAUCCUGUGAUAAUGCAGACUUUUUUUUAGCCAUAUUUUGUGCAGAGGAGUCUGAACUACAGGUUUUGCUUUGAGAUGAAGUUAUUGAUACCUUUUUUUGUCAUGAUAGUGUAACACAAUUUCUGGAUCAGUUUCAAACCCUAGUAAUUGAAUUUAUUGUUCUUUCGCAUAUGUUCCCAGAAAAUGUGCACAGAAAAUGCAUUUUUAUCCUAUUGCAAUAUUACAAUAGGAUAACUAACCUGAUUGCAGCCUCUCCCCUUAUUACCCCUGCAAUAGUACAUGAUGCUAUUCAGAUACUGCCUAAGGCUGAGCUCACCGCGUUGUACAUAAAAAUAUUAUCAAAAGAGACACAAUCAUGACAUUAAUAUAAAAUAAAAUUAUGAAAAUAAAGAACAUCAUGAACCCCAGGACUUUCACAAGGCAAACCAUAGACGGUAGCCAGCAAGAACAUGUAUCGGUCAGAGGAGGGGAAUCAGUCAGGGUUGUAUAGUUUAAAGAGAUGUGUUUUGAGUGAAGUUAUGAAGGCCUGGGUGGUUAGUAUAUUGUGGAUGUGUAGUGGCAAAAAAUCCCUCUGUUUGUGGGCAAAGAAACAGAACGAUCGUUCACCAUAUGUUUUAUUGUGUGUCUUGGGAAUGGACAGAAUACGCGUGUCUGCGGAGGAGCGAAGUUGUCAAAGGAGUGAAUCGACAGAAAGAAGUUCAGUUGGUUAGGAAGGGCAGGAAUCCAAGAAAAACUUUUGACAGAGAACAGACAACUUGUAGUUAAUGGGUGCCUGUGUAGGGAGCCAAUGAAGGGAAUGAAGUAGUGGAUUGACGUGAUUACGAUUCUUUGCCUUUAUAACUAGCCUAGCAGCGGAGUUUUGGAUAUUCUGCAGUUGUUUUUUGCAGUGUUUUGUUGAACCUAAAAGAAGACAGUUGCAAUAGCCACGACGAGAGAGAACAAGAGCACAGACUAGAGUUUUGUAGCACUAUCUGUAAGGUAUUGGCGGAUGGAGCUGGUCUGACGGAUAGUGGUGUAUGGCGGACGAUAAAUGUGUGCGAAAUAUUUAUCGAGAGCCAGGUUGUUAAAAAGAAUAUAACCAAGAUUCCUAGCAGAGAGUGUAAACAUUAUGUAAGAGUUAACUACUUGAAAUGAGGUGGGAAGAGUUGAGGUAGAGGAUGAUGUGUGAUUGUGAAUGAUGAGUUCUUCGUUUCGACAUCAUUAAACUUCAACUUGCUGAGUGUCAUCCAUGGCUUGACAUCAUCAAUGCACUCUUGUGAAGUCUGGACAGCGGAAUCGACAAGAGAGGGAUGGGUAUGCUUGUAUAGCUACGUGUUAUCUGCAAAUGAGUGGCUCUUAUCAGAUAUAUAUGUGGGCGAGAAUUAGCAGAUGAAAUGGAAUCUUUAAGGCAUAUUCUACCAAAUACCGCCAAAACCCGCAAGAAAUGUUGGCUUAUCAGUCCACUAAUGAAGGAUACACUUCUUUCCCAAACUACUUUGUUGCACUCAGAAUAUUUUUAACAAUACCCGUAACUGUGGCAUCCGGCGAAAGAAGCUUAUCUUACCUCAAAUUUAUCAAGAAUUUCUUGAGGCCAACAAUUCACGAAGAUAUAUUGAACAAUUAGGCAAUUAUUGCUUUUGAACGUGAUCAUUGUAGGAAAAAUAAUUUUGAUGAUAUACUGUAAGACUUAGCUACACGCAAGGCUUGUAAAAUAGAGUUAAUUCGAUCGUGAUUUUGUACUUAGUAAAGAAUGAAAUAAAAUGCAAAAAGGAGAUUAUUUUGUAAUAAAAUCUUAAUUGUUCACUUAUUAUCCUCAUCUCUACCCAGACUGGGUCCCGCGCAAUCCAUAAGGCUCCGCAAUUGCUAGGGCCGGUCAUGCCUAUACCAAUGUAUGAUCGUUGUAACCUCAUCCAAAAUGCUAUAGUUUUACUAAACUUUUAUUUUUGCAAGCAUAAACUAAAACAUUGAAUAAAUAGGGAACAAAAAUGUAUUUUCCACUUCCAGAUAAGAAGCAUGGUUAUGUUUUAGAAAAUAUAAACGUUGCGUUUACUUCGUUUCCUUCAUUCAAGUACAUUUGUUUAAGGGGGUAGAUUUGCUUACAUUAUCGUUAAUUGUUUUGUCCCUAAAUCUUUUUUCUCGUACUUUCACUAACUAUCAUAGAUUAUAAAAAAGUUAUGCGAUUAAAAAUAGAUUUACUUUAACAUGACUAAUAAAUAAAUAUCAAGAGUCAGAAUGUAAUUACUAUCAGAUUAACUGAAUCAUAUAUUUUAAAUCAGUGUAGAAGACUAGGCUUUUUACAUACAGCUUUUAUUCCUAAAAGUCUACAUUAGCAAGUUUGACAAAUAAUAACCAUUUGUAUUAGUCUUAGAAACUUGACUCCCAGGCCAAAAUCCCGCUGUAUGAAUAGGAGUUCAGUUGCAGCGCCAUAGGUUUCCAAAACCGAGUAUUACACAAUUUUUUACACUUCGUGUAUAAUAAUAUUAAUGUGUGUAUCUUUUAUUUUGAGUGUUAUAAUAUUUCAUUUUAUUGCGAGGUUAGUUGACACAGUGUAUUUAUAUAAAAUAAAUUUUGUAUUUAUAAUAUAAAUUAUUAGAAUAAUUAAAUUAUCAAUUGUUAGCAUCACUAGAUUCGGAAUCGUUUCGUUUUUCUUUACAUUUUUGUUUUCGGUCCUUUUUUUUUUACGUCGUUUUGAUGUGAAAGAAACAAAUCGCCACCCUAAAAUAACAAGGUUCUAAGUUAUUUGGAUUAAAUAGGCACAUAGAACCUUGUUAUUCUAGGGGGUGGAAAUUUCAAAAGCAUACGGAACAAUUACUGAUGUCUUAUCACUCAUGACAAACAUCAUCACUUUACUCAAAUGGUUAUUUACUUUUGGAUAUGAGAGUUUAGGAUACAUUUAUUUUAAAAACAGAUGUCUAGAAAAUAAAAUGACAAUAUGGAACGAAUGAGGGAAGGUGGGAUGUGUAAAGAAAAAAUGACAUUAAAAAGAAACAUCCAUUAUUUACAAGUCAACUUUCAUUGGACAUCUCAACAUUAACUUGUUUUUUUUCAAAUUUAUGAUUAAGUUUUUACAACAUGUAAAUUAACAUAAUCACUAUGAUUAACAGGAAAUUCUUGAAGAUUUCUGAGUGUAUAACGGAUAUGACAGCAUACACUGAACUCAACGACAAUGUCCUCUUCAAAAUUUUAUAUUUUGACAAUGAAGAUGAAAUCGUCUCACAGACAUUAAACCCAGAAUCGGUUCAUAGCCCAUCUCUCUUUACACCUGAACAAAAGGAUGAAUGGGACGUAGUGGAGGAGAGUGAUAAUGAAGAGUUUUUAAUGGAGGACAGUGCAACAAGUGUUAGCGCCUCUGCUACGGACGAUACUGAGUCAACACAACUCACCCCUAUGUCACAAAGAGAACGAACAUUAAAACAAGCCAAGAAAAUAAUCGAAAGAAUUUUCAAAAGAAAGCUUUACACUUGCGUCUUUGAAAGUGGUCCAGUUAGUGCAAAAGACAUCAAUAAUCAAAAAGAUGUAUGUUAUUAAAUAAUAGAUAAUGAGAUGACAAAUACCGAGAUAAAAAUAUAAAUUUUGUAUUUGAUAAAGAGUGCGUGUGUUUAUUAGCAAUAAGUAUAUUUUAAAAAAAUAAUAAAAGGACAUUGCCUAAUGGAAAAAAAAAAUUGUAGCUAUAUCAACACUAGACUUAACUAGCGUAAAUUGUGAAUUAUUUCAAAUUGUUAAGCUUUUUGUUUUGAGUUAAGGCUUCUCAAUUCAAUACAAGUAAACAAAUCAAUUGUUUUUAAAGACUAAACUGAUCUUUCUUUUAUUUCAGCUUAAUAUAAAGGAUAUUGAAGAGAACAUUCUAUUAAAAGCAAGAAAAGAGUGUAAAGAAAUCAAUGAAAUGGACUUUGUUGUAUCGGUAAAAAAAUAUAUUUACUUAAGAUUGUAUUUAGCUAAAUUUUCUAUACAGUUGUUAAAAUCAAUAUAUUUGGCAAAGUUGAAACAAUUUAAACUGCAAUUUAAAGACAAAAAAUUAUGAACUACUUGUAAGUACCUCUUAGCGUUGCAAUGCCACCAGAAUAAAGAAUGAACUUAUAUUUUAACGACGUUUUAUUCAAGUGCUUUUAAAUUCACAAUAUUUUUUUUCCGCUUGGUGCGUACAUUUAAUAACUUAGAAAGAUUUGUGACGCAUGAGUAGCCCACAUACAGCUGUCCAUGUAAGAGACAUUUUUUUUUUCUAAUUCAGUCAACACACUUGUAUGAAAUGUUCAUAUUAUUUGUUAAUGUUCGUUGUAAAUGCAAGUGGCACUUGAAACUGCAGACAUUUGAAUUCAAAUUGCAUAAUGUUGUGAAACAUUGGGAUGCGUUGAAACAUUUAAAUUUCCGAUCCUGUCCAUUAUCUUUUUCACUGAAAGCUUGUUACCAUUGCAAAGAAGUGGUUGAUUUAUGUUUCGGGAAGUAAAGAUAGGCACUCAUAUUUUCGAUGUUAAAAUGUACAACGACAUAACUGGAAAAUCAAGUGAAUUUAACAUUUCAGUUUGAUAAUAGACAACUUUUAAAUUAUUUAUUAGAGUAUCAAUAGAAUUAUACAUUAAACGAUAACGCUGUGCAUUGCAUUUCUAUUUGAAUUCUGAAAUUGAUGGUAUUGACAUUGUUGUUUUGUGUUGCUAGUAUGGCACAUGCAUUGCGCCACUGAUGUAAUUCUGUGUGAUAUUUGAACAAAGCUUUUUGAAUCAAUUUGUCGGUGUUUGCUGCGAUUUUACAUAAUCUAUUGGGCAAUGUGAUAAGUUGUAUGGAUUCAUCAAUUGCCCUUUUACCAUUCCGAAUAGCCGCCAAUUGUUUUGCGAAAUGUUCAGCAGAUACAUCAUGUUGUGAUUGUAAGUGCAAAUUGGUCUUCAAAUUCUAUUUCUGUGCGUAUCGCCUUAAAAAUGAUGAUUUAGGACAUGCAAUUAAUUCAUCAGUACCUUUCUGAACGUGGUAUAAGUUGUAAAAUUUGUAGAAAAUUACUGGACAAUAAAAUAAGUGGGCCACCGAAGAACUGUAAAUUUCCUCUAAAAUAAUUUAGUGUACGAUGAGGUGUUUCCUAUGAUUUUUGUGCACCUUAAUAAAUCAGUCCAAUAUAAUGAGUUGAUAUGAUUUGGGUGCGUUAUUCAUUACAUAGUUUUUAUUAAUAUUACAUGUUGGUGCCUCAGUGAUUUGAAAAAUCAACAGCAAUUUCAGUGCUGAAUGCGCUAUUUGACCACCAUCCAGAAGAGUUGCUGCAAAUCUAGAUAGCGUCUCAACAUUAACAUUUUUCAAAUAUAUGAUAAAGUAUUUAAAACAAAUCAACUUACAGAAAAUGUUAGUGCAAUACGUUAUCGUGAUCAUAUGGUUGCCAAAUAAAUUAAAUGAGAAAAGAUUUGCUUGCGCAUAUAACAAAUAUGAACAUGCGCUUUGGUUUGCAAAAUUAUGUCACAAUCUAGUCUUUGUUCUGGAACCAAUUUUGGAAGACUAUUUUGAAAAAUGUACAUGAUUCGUCAAUAUCAAUGUGCAUUUCUCUUGUAAAUCACCAUGAAAAACAGAUUGUUUGUAGCUCAAUUGAGAGCAGUCAUUUCCAAUUGAAUCAGUUCUUUAUUAGUGAUUGCAAAACAUAUUCCUUCAUAUGAAACGAAUGCCUUAUUAAAACCGUAUGUUGUUAAUCGCAUUUGCAUUCAUUACACACACACACACGAUUUAGGAUGUCUUCACUCAUGAGUCUUUGUAUUUCCCCAAACAGCUUUUGGAUUGGAUGGGAAACACGUUAUCAAUUUGAUUGCAAGCAAAGUUUGUAUUUUUUGUGAUUGAGCAAUAUUUUAUGCAUUAGAUGGACCAGAGUCCAAUUGUGCAUCGUUUUCCAGAAGUUUUAAUACUUGGCAAGUUUUACAAUAAGUGGCAUAUACUUGGCGGUUUAGUGCUCUAAGUUCAUGAAAGGAUGUCUGUCAACGUAUGCUCAUAACAGUAAUCAAAAUUAAAAAGCAGUUAGCAUUAUUAGUGUGAACAGUAUAUAGACGACGUAAUACGUCUGUAAAGUUUAAAUUGCAAUGCCCUUCAACAUUUUUAUUUUUGCAGCCUUGAAUCUUGUUUACUGAUAUAUUUCAUAUGUAGUAUUGUUGCACUUCAGUGUAAAGUAGCGCGUUGCAAACAUAUCAUUACCACACAACAAGAAAAUGCCGUUAACUUUUUAACGAUGUAGACAAUUCUUUUACAUGUUCAUUUUCUAUUGUUAAGUACACGGGCUGUCAAUUUUCAAGGCGCAUUACCAAAUGAACAACCGUUGGAUGUCUUUCAUGGAUUAGACUUGAUAAAAUGCACUUUACUGCUUCGUUGAUGAUAAUGGGGCAUCCACUCUUAUACUGGAAUAUCUUUUCGAUGGAUGCAGUUGCAUUUACAAUUCCAAGAAUGGCCAUAUCGCUUCAUGUGUUAGCAUAUUUGCAAAUGUACUUGAUCGAUUUCACCGAAUUGUAAAACUAAUCUCUGAUUUGAGUUUCUUACUUUUUCGAGAUUUACGGUGAAUAAAGUACAUCCCAACGUAUAUUGACAUCGAGAUUAUUGUUUCGAACAGUUAAAGUGAUAGAUUGGCUACCUUCUUCAGUUGAUCUCCGACACUAAGUUUGCUAUCCGUCAUUGCCUCCGCAAGUAAGGCACUUGGGUAUCGGUUCAUGCAUUUUUCAUGAGACAUACAUGGUAAAUUGUUUUUGUAAACUAACCUCACAGACCAUGAACCCGUUUUUUCCGUAGUUUUUGCUCAAAUUCCGCAAGUCUUAUUUCUUUAUCUAGUUUGUCACGUUCGUAUUAUCUAUUUCUAUCUCUCGGUUCUGUCACUUUUUAUCUACACGUUCUUGAUCUGUCUAUCUCUAAGUUUGUACUGUCUUGUUCGGCUGUAACUUCUACAUUUAAGUUUGGAUGUACGUUCUAUGUAUCUCUGUUUAGCUAUACGCUCUUGUUUUUUCUAUUAUGCAUUAAGAUCUAGCUAUCUCUUUUUAUCUAUAUACUCUUGUCAUCUCUGUGUUUCCAAAACUUCUUCAUCUCUCAAUUUUUCUAAACGAUCUUGCUCUCUCAAUUUCUUCUUCUUCUUCUUUAUCUUAAGGGCCCACGAUCAAUUUAUUGAUCAUUUUGGCUCCUAUGCAUGUAGAUGGAAUUUGCAAUGUUUCUUUUACUGGGGUUGAUGACGAAAUCAUGCACUAGGGGUUUGAAGGCUUGAGGCAAUAGACACACAUGUGUCUAGUGUUGUCGCAUCAACCGUUCCUUUUGAAAGAUUGUUCCAGUCCCUGAUUGUCUUGGGCAGGAAUGAGCAGCUCCUAUACUGACUUCUUGCUGGUAGGAGCCUGAAUUGCCUGUGAUUGCCUCGUCGCUGUCUAUGGGGGAGAGGGACGAGUUUCUGUUUAAUACCGGAACAGUGGACCACCCCAUUAUGUAUCUUGUAAAUCAUGGAGAGCCUGGAUUGUCGUCGUCGUUUCUCCAAUGGUGACCAGCCUAGUGUUUCUAGCAUGCUGCCAACACUAGAGGUAUUCCUGUAGCGGUUUAGGACAAAGCGUGCUGCUCGUCGCUGGACCGCCUCCAACCUGUCAAUGCUCUUCUGGGUAAAUGGGUCCCAGACUGAAGAUGCAUAAUCUAAAAUCGGACGGAUAAAGGCUUUAUAUGCUCUUUCUUUCACACAUGAGUUGCCAAUCUUUAGAUUUCGCCUUUAAGAACCCUAGGGUCUUGUUUGCUUGGUUACAUUGUUAAUAUGCUCGUCCCAGCGGACCUCUCUUUGAAUGGUAACACCCAGGUACUUUACUGUGGAAACUGGCUCAAGUAUAUGGCCGUGCAGUUCGUAUUGGUAGUGUAGAGGAGUAAAACUUCUAGAGACUGAUAGUGCCUGGCACUUGGCAGGGUUAAAUUCCAUGUCCCAGCUUAUCACCCACUCAGCUAACAGAUUGAGAUACCGUUGUAGCUGGUCAUGGUCCGAUCUGUUCGCGAUCGUCCUAUACACUGCAGUGUCAUCUGCGAACAGUCUUGCCUGUGAUAUCAGUUUCUCGGGUAGGUCAUUAAUGUAUGCUAGGAACAAACAGGGGCCCAAGCCUGAUCCCUUCCCACAUUCCCAUUUAACUUCCAUAUAACUUCCACAAGUUCAUCUCCUUGAUAACGAAGUAAUAUACGCCGAUGUUUAAUCUUAUCUAAAGUCCAUUUCCUACGAACAUAUCCCGCCAUAGAAAUAUAAAUUAGAAGUGAGUAUACGGUUAAAAAAUCAAAUCUAGUUUUGGGACCAUUCGAAGUCUGUUUAAACAAAAUAAACAUUCGAAAAUUUAAAAAAUAAUGUUUUAAACAAAUAAAAACCCAAAUUGCAUGGUUUGUGGAACGUCUUACAGCAGCGGUUCUCAACCUGUGGGUCGCGAUCCCUUUGGGGGUCGCACGACCUUUUCCCAGGGGUCGCCUCAGACCAUCUGAAAACACAUAUGCUCUACAUUUAUGAAGUAACAACGAACAUAAUUUUGUGGUUGAGGGGUCACCACAACAUGAGAAACUCUAAUAAAGGGUCGCAGCAUCAGGAAGGUUGAGAACCACUGUCCUUCAGGAACUAAAACAUUAUUUAAAAACGACACACUUGGGCUUAAUUAAGUUCAAUGGUUCUUGGGUUAAGUGUAAAAGAUUCUUUCACAAAUUUCAAUGUUACAAAAUUGAAAAUUAUGGGAUACAGUCUUUAUAGUGAAUGUAACCGGGACCGUUCACAGGCAUUGCAACAUUAAUGGACAGUAUAUGGUUGAAUCGAUGACGCUGGAAAGUUUGUGAGUAUUUCGCCAAUAUAGGACCGCGUAUAGGCAGCGUGAUGUAGUGCGUGACGUUGGUUGGCCGUAAAAAUGGGAGAGGGCGUUUUUUCAAAAAGGUAACCGGAAAGGGGCACAAGACAUCGGCAGCACACUGAAUGCUGCAAGGGACGUGGUAUUUCAGGCUAAUAACUGGACACGGUAGAGCGGUGCUUUGGGAUGGCAAAAGGCUCUCUGAACACUAAGCCAGUUAUAUGCACUCACCGAAAUUAGACUGCUGCUAGACAGGACGUUGGUAACUGGAUAGAAGGCUUGAAGUUGUUAAAAUGAUAGAGAAUGGCCCGUAGGUACUUUCUGAAACUGGACAUGACGUUAGCAACUUGCUACAUGCAGGACGUAUGUUAUUCACUGGAACUUAACAGGACUUGUUAACCUAAUACAGGAGAGGACCAAUGUUUCCUCUAAGGUUUGCUUGUGGGUAUGCACAAUCAUACAGUUGAGUGCAGAGUUUUACAGCAUCAAUUUUUUAUGUGCACAAAUUUUACAGCCAACAAACACACACACACACACACUCACACACACACACGGAAAUUACAUAAUAGAACAUCAGCGCAAAAACGUUUGUGGAAAUAAAUAAAUGAAUCAUAACUAAACAGUUUUAAUAAGAAAUGUCAUAGCAGUUUAUCCAAUUUGUUACGCACUGCUGUCUGUAGUGAGAAAUUAAUAUCUUGUUUUAUGUUAUCGCUCGGUCAAAAAGACGAUAUUAUAGAGAAAUACAAUAGCAAAAAUAUGAUGCUCAAAACAGUACUAAUUAAAAUUAAUAAGAUUUAUUGAUGUAGUGAUAAAAUUAAUAAACAUAGAAAUAUAAUUACAAAUCAUCAACUUACAGAGUAGGAUAUGUGAGAAACCGGUACACAGCUAAUACAAUCUACCAAUUAAUAAAGUACAAUAAUGAUUGCGAAUAAACACAUAGAAUAAUACACGUAUCUCGUGAAGUGAAAUAUCUCUCCAUCAAUCACAGUCCCUUUGUGUUCUUUGGACCCCUUAUACAUGCAGCGUAAGACGCGUUGCCGAAACGAUUUAGACAAUGUUUACAUUUCUAGUCCACUCACAAGCUUUCCACAAAAUAUCAUGAUAACAGAUUAUUUUUUUUAAAAGCGGUAAUGGUAUUAAGCAAAGGCCAGAAUCAAAGGAAAUAGGCCACACCCAAUACUAACGCGGCGACACGUAAAAAUGUGACGAAAACACAUCGCCUACAUAAUGCCUCCCCUCUUUUAAAAAAUGACAUUUAUCAAAAUGGAAUUAAUUUUCCCUUUAAACUAUUAAACAAAAGCUUCUCAACAGCUUAUAAACAAUAACAUAAGUUAUAUGUGUAGUGAAAAUUAAUUUCUGAACCAAGUAUCAGCAAUAACAUUAUAAUUGCCUUUAAUAUGUUUUAUGUCCGAAUGAUGCUCUUAAAAAAUAGAUUUCAUCUUAACAAUCUUUGAAUUUUUGAGAAAUACAAAGGUAAAACUACAACAACCAAAACAUUUGCAAAUUAAAAUUAAUAAGAUUUUUUUUUAGUGUUAAUAUAAUUACAAAACAAAAGAAAUAGCAUUGCAAAUCACAAAUUGUCAGAGUAUGGUAGAUCUUGUACUGGUACACAGUUAGUGCAACGUGCCAAAAAUAAGGUACAAUGAUGAAUACGAAUAAAAAUAUAUAAGUACAUAAAGAAUUAUACGCUUGUCUUGUAAAGUUAAAAAUAUCUAUCUGAAUCAAUCUCUGAAUCUCCCUUUUAUAUCUAUGCGUCGGUAGAACAACCGCUUCUAGAAAUCUCUUCUACAUUGUUUAUCUUUCUAAAUUCUAUUAGAAUAUAUUAGUAAUGUUUAGUUGGUUUCGGCAGUAAACACGUUAAGAUGUGAAAAAAUAGGCUACGCACAAUAAAAACGCGGUGUCUGCUCUAUCGUCGGCACGAGGGAAGCCUGACGUAACACGUCCUACACAACAUCUUCCCUCGUUUUACACUUGGCUGAUUAUUAUUUAAAAUUUUUAAACCAAGAUCGCUUUAACCACUCAAUAUUAUUUUUGUUUCUAAUAAAAUAUAUAACUCUACGCAUAUUUCCGUAUGCUAAAGUACACAUCUGUCACAUAAUCGGAGAUUAAGUUUUGAUGUCAAAAUGAACCGAAUUGUAACUUAACAUGAUUUGUUCUUAUUUGAAUGAGUAAUUAGUGAAUUAAUGAAUGCUAUUUCACUAUGAAAUUUUCUGCACUCAUUCCCUCAACAAGCAUUUUUUCAAUUAAAAUUACUUUUUGAAUAUUAAAUUUUUAUUUGCUUCAAAAAUUUGAUAAAUGAAGUUUUUGGAAUAAAAAAUAAGGAAAACGUAUUAAAUGUGUAAAUAAAAAAAGCUAAAAGCGUAUGUCUUUUGUUAACUAGUUAAAAAGAAAUGACUUAUAUUUGUUGAUUUUACUUCUUUCUGAGAAGAAAUAUUUUGUCCGUUUUGUAAAGUUUAAAUAUAGCAUAUAAAAGAAUUUAAAUAUAUUCUAUUUGUUGCACAUUUUUUUUUAUAUCGGUACAAUAAAAGAAAUGACUAUUAUUGUUUGAAAGAAAUGCAACUUAUUCAAAAUAAUUAUUGCGCUUAUUAUAAGGAUACCUUUGCUCAUUUUCUCUCUAUAUGUAUUCAUAUAUGUAUAUCCUUAUUUAUUGAUUUAUAUAAAUAUAUGUAAAAUAUUUAUCAUUUUGUUUUCUAUUUCUUGUUAAAAUCAAUAUCAGACAGCAUAUUUUGAUUUUGGAAUGAAAGAAGAAAACCCCGUAGAAAAAUUGAAGGUUUAUACAAAGAAAAAUCCUACUGAGGCUAAGGUGUUUACAAAGGAAGAGGUAAACUACUUUUAUAGGAUAAUCUCAUUUUUUUUUUUUUUUUUUUUCCAAAAAAACAUAAAAAAAAAAUCAUCAAUUUAUUUUUUUUUUUUUUUUUUACAUUUUUUAAAAAAAAUUAAAAAAUUUUUUUUUAGUAUUAUCUUAUUUUUUUUUUUUUUUUUUUCCAAAAAGACAUAGAAAAAUAAUCAUCGAUUUAUUUAUUUAUUUUUUCAUUACAGUUCUUAAAAAAAAUUAAGAAUUAAAAAUAAAAUGCUUUUGAUUUUCAUAAAAAAAACGUUUAUUUCAAAUAUUGUAAUGAUAAAAACCUACUGAAUUUAAACUUUGCAUUAGUCAACAUAUUUCCAUUUGAUUAAUAACAAUCUAAUUAAUGAAUACAGAGCAGCAGAAUAUUAGGGCCUGGAACCUAUAAGGAAGUUGUCAUCAGAGUUUACAGCCGAUCUUUAAAAGACAAUAUAAAGAAUGCCCUUUAUGUAGCUUCGAAAAACUGGUUCUCAAAUUGGAACAACACAGUUGAAAUGAAACAAUGUGCAGAAAGGUAACUGUAUAUCUUUAUCUAGUUUGUUAAAGUAAGUAAAUGAAGGGCUGCUGGAAUGACGUUUGAUUCAAUAGAGUUAUGGUUAACGUUUAUAUAUUAACGACAAAUUAAAUUCCACAUUUUUCUCCCAUCCCUUUAAGAGUUACUAGAAGUGAUGAGACAAUAAUGAAUGUAAACCAUUUUAGAAGCUGACAGGCAGAAAAAUAAAACCUACAUCAGUUCGUUCACAUGAAAUUUUGGAUUAAUUUGUCGGUUGACCGAAAUACAAAAUUGUUGAUACUGUUGCGGGCAUUUAUUGGAUUCAGUCAUUCGCAUAUCAUGGAUUAAACUCAUUGCUUACUUAUCAUAUUCAAAACAAACCCUCGCUGCUUUAUCAGAAACCUCAGCUUAGAAAUUCAGCUUUAUUUAUUAAGUGGGCAGAGGCAUUGUCAUCUGCAUCAAAGACCACUCAUUAGAGUAAGUUUAGUAACUAAUCUGAUUGUACAUUGCGGCUACCGGGCAGCGUGAAUAACAAGUUGUAGCUAGUCAAUAUCGAUAGUAGAAUAUGAUGGUCUUAAGCAAGUAAUAAGCAGAGCAUUUUAAAAUACAGUUUAAAUAAACUUUAAGUGCUUCUCAUACAAUUCAAAAGAAAAACCUUAUUAUUGGGUAACAUAUAGCAGCGAAUAUUGAAUGAUGAUCAGUUUCAGUCUAAUGAUGAAACUGACAGUGCCGAUGAAACCACAUGCAAAACUAAGCAUUGGGUGAUCAUCUGAUGUAUUCUUACUCAGACUAAAGUUGAAAGAGCCGCUACUAAACUACACCGCUAUAAAAAUGAGAAAAAGUUGCUGAAUAAUUUAAUCGGAUAAAAUAGUGAAAACAUAAUUAACAUCGAUAUCUGACAUUGUCGUUAUUUUCCAAAACUUGUCUGUACAUCCCAGCUACCUUAGUUAGUUCCAUGGGAACAUUUAUCUAGGCAUGGUGGAUACGUUGUAAAUAAGACACGGUCGCUACCAUGGCCAAAUACUUUUAAUAAGAUGUGUGUUUUCGUAGUUGGCUAUCUGAUGACAAUAAAACUACAAUUGUGUGUUAUUUAGUUAACAUUAAAUACCAAGUUUUCUCUAUAGCUUUUACAACAAAUUUUUUUUUUUUAAUUAACGGAAAAUAACUAAGAAUUAAUCGUUACAGGUCAUAGAAUAAAGUUUUUUUUUUAAAUUUUAAUUUUUAAAAUGAGAAAAUAGAAAUAAAAUAAAUGUAAAGAGCUAAAGCCAAUGUCCUUCCUAUAUUUUAUAAGGUAAAUAUUGCUACAUGGCAAAGAAAUAUUAAGUUAGUCAUAUCAUAAUAAAUCUAUAUUUUAUUGUUCUUUUAUUUCUUGAUAAUUAAUAAAAUGACAAUAUUUAUUUCAAACAAUGUAGGCCACAGAAGAAGCCAAGAAUUUCUCAGACAUCCCCUGAGUUACUAAUGAAAACUGAAAAUGAAAACUCAAGCCAGUGACCUCAUGUUAUUUGUAUUUAAUAUUUUGUGAAUGGCUGUAUAAAGGAACUCCAACGAAUGAAAUUUUUAUUUGCGUUGUCUUCUAUGGCUUGAAAUGUUAAAUUUUGAAUCAUCAAUCCUUAUGAGACAUUAACUUCAAAGCAAUGUAUUCAUUUGUAUGUAAAUUGGCAUAUGGGAAUACAUACUUCAAAUGUAUAGUUAAGACGACGAAAUAAUUAAUUUUAUUGUUGUUAACUUUUUGGCAAUUUUUAUUUGGCAUAUUAUAUAGAGAAAUAUUGUAUAGCUUUGGCCGGUAUAAUUUGGCGUAGCUAGUAAGAGUAGGUUAUAUAGUCCUAUUCCUUUUGAAAUGAAUUCAAAACAACAACUAUGAAUGAAUAGCUUGUUCCACUCCUAGCAUCGAAUUCUUUAUUUGUUAUUUUAUAAAUUUUGUAGUUAUAACAAUAACCUUUUAGUUAUUGACUUUUUGUUUCCCUUUUUUAAUCACUCAUGUAUACGUUUAAUAAAAUUGUGGAUUUGAAAUUAAGGCGCUAUUCUGUUCAAUUAAAAACUAUCAAACAAAUUUUGCUGAUCAUAUUUAUGUUUUGGCGCUUCAUGCUAAUGAUCCAAUUGUUUUUUUUUACUCUAUUCAAGGUAUGCUUUCAUUAAAUGAAUACGUUGAUACAUUGGUAUACUAAUUUUAUCAUACCAUGGAUGCAUUACACAUACAUUUUUAGUGAUUAUUCCACAAGAUUUAUCAACUCCCCAUUUAUUUGCUCUAUUUUAUUUUAAUUUGUGUUUUAAAUGUUCUUCAUUAUUGUGUUAUGGAUAUCGUGGAGCAACUUAAUUUUAAGGAUACUAUGCAUACAAUUAUUCAAGACGGUUUGCAGUCUAUUAUAAUCUGUGUUGCUUUUUCACGAUCAAACUGAGCCUUAAAGCGAAACAGACUUGCUUUGUAAAUCUUUGCCUAAAAAAUAAUAAGCAACAGAUGGUAAAGUAGUUGUCUUGAUGGUAUAGGAUUACAUUGAUUAGAUAUUUCUAUCUCUAUAUAUAUAUUUUGAAAUAUUUUAGGCAGUUGCAAAGGUUUCAGUUUUUAAGGUUAGAGAGAUGUUGGGGGGAAUUAAUGUACCCGGCUACAAGUGUAAUACAUUUUUUGUAUGUAAUCUUAUUUAAUAAUCAUAAUAAUAUUAAUUAGUGGUCUUAUAUAGCGUAAUAUCCCCAACCUAGGGCUGGGCUCACCACGCUGUACACAAAAAUAUUAUCAAAAGAGACAUGAUGAUGACCUUAAAAUAAAAUACAUGAAAUAAAGAAAAGCAUGUUACCAAAAAAAAACAAAAACAUUCGGAACAUUAUAAUGUUUUCGAUUUACCGAAUUUGUAUAGGUACCUAUAUAAUUUUAAGUGCUAACUGCCAUUUUGCUUAAUGGACUGAGAUAAAUAGUUAAUCUGUGAGAAAUACGUUUCAUAAAAGGUCUAAAGCUUUAGGCUGCAUCCUUAAUUGUAGUAUCUUAUAUUUUCCGACUGCAGUAUACUUCCAUAUAGAAUCAAAAGCGAUAAUUAAUUGUUUACGUGUACAAUUGUUUUUGCUUUACAAAGUAUUUAUCCUAAUUCGUACAUUUAAAUUCACCUUAAUGCAAUACUUCAAUGAAGACACUCUUACUUUAAAAUGUUAAAAAAAAUAUAUAUAUUUACUAUUUUCAGCAAAUGAGACAAUUUCCUUAGAUAAGCAGUUUUUUUUUUAAAUUUCAUCAAGGCGUUCAUGGUUGUUCAUAUCCUCGCAGCACUGAUUUGAAGUUUUGUGUCUCUAUGAAAAGUUGUGCAAAGCAAUCUGUAACAAGUGUAUUAAAAGCAAAUCUCUUAAUGGAUAUCUUUUUACGAUGUUUGCAAAGAAAAUUCUUAGGUUUUGAUGAGGUAUUGUUUAAAUACAUUUGUACUUUAACGAAACUUCUAGUAAAUGUAUUGAAUAUAGUUUUGAAUCAUGGUUUUCAAUGAUUUGGAAAUACUCAGACGUGUGAAAUAUUUAGGCUGAACUUUAAAAUAAAAUAUUAUGACGCAUAUAUGGCAUACUUCCGUUUUUGUGAGACGAUGGAGCAGCUAUGUAGUCCUAAACUUCGAUGAGUGUCUCACUAGGCCAAUCCUAUAAUGACAAUCUCGACGCAUUUCUAGAAUAUUGGUUACUGGUAAGAUUUUGACUUCCGUAUUGUUCUUUUUAUUGCAAAGGAACUAGUUUCGCGAAUGUUCUGACUUUUUGACUACUUCGUACACUGCUGUUCGCCAGCUGGUACGUUCUUCGGCAAUGAGCCAUUGUUUUGAAUUAGGACAUACAACUAAUCAAAUAUAAACAUUUACAUAUUAAUUAAUGCAAUGAUAUCGCUUUAUAGUUUUUAUUGUUUAGUUUAUUUCACUGUUUUUACAGUAGGUCCCACGUAUUUAUAUUGCCCAUGAAAAAUCAAGCUAGAAGCCUAUUGUGUGUUUCAUAAAGAUGCUUAUAAUGUAUGAUUAAUAUGUAAAAGAUAUCAUUAUUAAAAAAGUAAAUUUUCUCGGGACUGUAAAGUAAUUAUCAUUUGUUAAUGCCUUUUAAAAUAUGUAUGGAUUUUAAACAUAGUGCUUUGAUCAUGCUAGAAUAGCAUGGCGACAAGCGCGAUACAAUUAUAGUGUAUCAAUCAUCAUCAAUAACCAUAUGUUAGCUUGGAGGUUGAAAGGUCUGACUGAAGUGAAUCAUUCCAAAAAGCUGAUUGUCUAGAAUUUAAUACCAACCAGCCGAGAAAAGUAAAUACAUCUCUGGCACCCCAGGUGGAUGAGAUUCGUUCCACAUAGCACGCUUUGUUUACUACCUUUAGCUAUGUGAUUCUUAUAAUCAAUUAUUUUAAAACAUACAGAGAACGUUUUAUUUAGACUUUGGGCAGCAAACAAAAUUGCAUGAGAAACCUUGCUUUGUUGAUGGAAGAAAUCAAAACGUUCUAAAUAAAAGCUUCUUUAUAAAAGAUUUUGCCAAGCAAAAAGUAUCUUCAAAUUCCCCCAAAGCAAAUCACUAUAGAAACACAGUUUAUUGCUUAUUCAUUACCUUCAAUAAUUUAUUUAGUCCUUUUUAAUAAUAGCUUUUGUUAUAAGGGGUUUGUGACCAAAUUUUUUGGGAAAAAAAAACUAUGUCAAAUUUGUUGGAGAUUUAAUGCCUAUUUUCUUCAUGAU